AUGAUCUAUUCGGCUCUUCUCUCAUUAACCGCCACCUUGGCCGCUGAAGCUUCGCUCCCUGAACUCAAGAAUUGUCAUUCUAAGAGUCAUCUAGACCCUGAAAGCCCCGGUUUCGAGACUGGCGAUCUCAAAAGCUGGAAGGUUAUCAGUGGCACUGCGUUCGGCAAGGACUCCAUCUCAAGUGAUGCAUCCUACCGGGAUGACGGAAAGCCCCUUCUAAAGCAGAUAGCCACCAAUAAUAAGGCUCUCGUUUAUAUCACCUGGGAUAUAAGUAAGUGGCAGGGUCAGAAGGUGCACAUCCUCGUGCAUGAUAGUAGCACGGCAAAGUUAUGGGGCCACAUCAACAUCGCUGAUAUCCGCGUUGGCUGCCAUGUUCUUGGGGACGGCAAAGGCCUCUCGUUUAACAUCCUCGGUCAGGCAAACCAAGUCCCUCAGAGCUACUCCGCUUGCUCCUCCUACGCAGCCGACUCCAUCAGACCCCAGUACCACUGA